AUGUCCGCGAAUCUCACAAAAUCUCUUCUACUUCUCUGCGACCUGCAAGGCUCGUUCAAACCCCACAUCCACGGUUACGAACAUGUUGUUCAAGGGGUCAACAAGGUUUUGAAAGUUGCGAAGCUCCUCUCAAUCCCGACGGUUUCCACAACGCAAUAUACGCGUGCUCUCGGCCCUGUCGAGCCUGAACUUAAGCCGGGGUUGGAUGCAUUGGCAUCUGCGAAUCUUCAUCAUGGGCCAACGGACAAGUCACUGUUCUCGAUGUGUAUUCCUGAAGUCAUGGAGCAUAUUACAGAUGAUAUCGAUAGAGUUGUUCUUGUUGGGAUUGAGUCCCAUAUAUGCAUCCUCCAGACUUUACGCGACCUCCGAUUACUGUUCCCCACGUCCCCAGCACCCGCCGCUUUCGCUCCGCCUACAGGACAGGUUGAAUCUCCUCCCACUCAUCUUCCCAUGAUUAACAGAAAUAGAAUGAAACCCUUGCAUUUGGUCGUCUUAGCCGACUGUGUCUCAAGUGCGAACGCAUUCGAGGUUCCUAUAGCGCUUCAGACAAUGAGGAGCCAAUUCAACGUUCAGGUGUCGACAGCUGAAUCUCUGUCUUUCGAACUCGUCGGGUCUGCAUCGAACCCGUUGUUCAAGGAAUUCUCCAAGAUUGUCAAGGAGGAGAAAGAGGCAACUCGCGCAAGUGCGACGUUCUGGGGAAGUCGGAUGUAG